UUCUCUUUCUCGGACUGUAUCUCGCAGAACACAGCUUCGAAAUUGGUUUGUCAUUUUCUCAGAGAGCUCUGUUUGCAAGCAAACAUUUUCUGGAGUCCUUUACUGCGGGCUUGUAAACACGGGCAAAAACCCUGGAUACCUUACUGGGUCAGUCGUUGCUUUCCCCUUCUGCGAAAAAAAAAGACCUAAUGCAGUGGAAGAGGACGCGGUUUGUGUGAAGGUGGGGGAGUGAUCUGGAUACAAAAUAAGGAGGUUUUUAUUUUUUUCCCUGAUAUCUUCAUUCUUAAUGAACGGAUACUAGACAUUUGCUGCAAAUUAACAUCGCAUCAUUCUGGAAAAUACAAGUGGUUUCAAAGUGAAUUACUGGGAUGAAGGUAUAUCUAUAUGUAGACGGGUGUACCUAUCUGUAGUAGAGUGCUUUGCGCGCAAGGACGAUAUUCUAAGGGAAAAGACAAUAUAUGAGCAAUUCCGUUCUUGGUGUUUUCAAUGGCACGACUUGAAGGAGCUUAUUGCUGCAGGCUCAUCAGCGGCUUCUGAGAUGUGGUCUUGAAGGACCAACUGACCCUGAAAUGUGUUGGAUUUUUAAAGCUGUUUGACAAGACAAGGAAUAUUUACAGGUUUGCAGUUUGAUCAACAGUUUUCAAAUACUGGGUGUAUCUGAAGUGCCAAAGGUGCUGUGAAGCAAACAUCUGUUUUGGCUCAACGAGAAGACCUCGUUCUGGUGCCGGAUCUUUCUGCAGGGGCCAUGUGGACUUUACAGCUGGUCCUUUUCUCUUUCCUCUUCACACCAACAGCACAUGCCUUUAGUCGAGCGCCGAUUCCCAUGGCAGUUGUACGGAGGGAGCUGUCCUGUGAGAGUUACCCCAUAGAACUUCGCUGCCCUGGCACGGAUGUCAUCAUGAUCGAGAGUGCCAACUACGGGAGGACAGAUGACAAAAUAUGUGACGCUGACCCCGCCCAGAUGGAAAACACAAGAUGUUACUUGCCAGAUGCCUAUAAGAUAAUGUCUCAGAGAUGCAAUAAUCGGACCCAGUGUGCAGUUGUUGCUGGACCAGACGUCUUUCCAGAUCCUUGUCCAGGGACUUACAAGUACCUUGAAGUUCAGUAUGAGUGUGUUCCUUACAAAGUGGAACAAAAAGUUUUCCUGUGUCCUGGCUUGCUGAGGGGGGUAUAUCAGAGUGAGCACCUUUUUGAAUCAGACCACCAGUCAGGAGCUUGGUGUAAGGACCCCCUCCAGGCAUCCGACAAGAUCUACUAUAUGCCCUGGACACCCUACAGGACAGACACACUUACAGAAUAUUCUUCCAAGGAAGACUUUAUUGCAGGAAGGCCUACCACAACAUACAAGCUUCCACAUCGUGUGGAUGGAACAGGCUUUGUGGUCUACGAUGGUGCCCUCUUCUUCAACAAGGAGCGCACGCGCAACAUUGUCAAGUUUGACCUCCGCACACGCAUCAAGAGUGGUGAGGCCAUCAUUGCCAGUGCCAACUACCAUGACACCUCUCCCUACCGAUGGGGAGGUAAAUCUGACAUUGACCUCGCAGUGGAUGAGAAUGGGCUCUGGGUCAUUUAUGCCACAGAACAGAACAAUGGAAAGAUAGUCAUCAGCCAACUGAACCCAUACACUCUGCGGAUUGAGGGAACCUGGGACACAGCUUAUGAUAAAAGGUCUGCCUCUAAUGCAUUCAUGAUCUGUGGUAUUCUGUAUGUGGUUAAGUCUGUCUAUGAAGAUGAUGACAAUGAAGCCACUGGAAAUAAGAUUGACUACAUCUACAAUACUGAGCUCAGCAAAGAUGGAUACCUCGAUAUACCCUUUCCCAACUCAUACCAGUAUAUUGCAGCAGUGGAUUACAAUCCAAGAGACAACUUGCUCUAUGUCUGGAACAACUACCAUGUGGUGAAAUACUCGCUGGAUUUUGGAGCACUGGACAACAGACCAGAAUCAUCUUCUUCUGUGGUAAUAUACAUGGACACCACCACAACAAGGACAACAACAAGAUCCACUCCAAUUACUACCUCCCGAGCAGUGAUGACCUCCACAGCAGGCCGACGUACCAAGAGCACCACCACUUUGGCUCCCAUUGGAGGAGAUAUUCUAGACAUUGUCACACGGCCAGCACCAUCAUCCCAGCUCCCAAACAUAGGCACAGACUACUGCAACCCGCUAGAAGAAUCUGACAUUUCUUGGCCCAAAACGCAUCAGGGACAGGUUGCGAAGCAGCCAUGUCCUGCAGGAACCAUAGGAAUUGCUACCUACGUAUGCCUGGCACCUGAUGGGUACUGGGACCCACAAGGACCAGAUCUCAGCAAUUGCACUUCUCCCUGGGUCAAUCAGAUAACACAGAAACUGAGGUCAGGAGAAACAGCAGCCAUCAUUGCAAGGGAGCUUUCAGAGCAGACCAAGAGUCAAAUCCACGCAGGGGAUAUCUCCUACACAGUCAAGGCCAUGGACCAGCUGGUGGAUUUGCUUGAUGUGCAGCUCAGGAACCUCACCCCUGGUGGAAAAGACAGUGCAGCUCGAAGUUUAAACAAGCUGCAGAAAAGAGAACGCUCUUGCAGAUUUUAUGUCCAGGCUAUGGUGGAGACAGUGAACAACCUCCUUCAGCCCCAUGCCCAGGCGGCCUGGAGAGAUCUCACAAUUAGUGACCAGUUGCGUGCUGCCACCAUGUUACUGGACACUGUGGAAGAGGGUGCAUUUGUUCUGGCAGAUAACCUUCUGAAGACCGACAUCGUGCAGGAGAACACAGAAAACAUCCAACUGGAAGUUGCAAGGCUGAGUACAGAUGGAAAUUUGGCAGACCUGAAAUUUCCACAAACUGGUGGGCAUGGAAACUCGAUCCAGUUGUCAGCAAGUACUCUGAAGCAACACGGAAAAAAUGGUGAGAUCAGGAUGGCCUUUGUUCUCUACAAACAUCUAGGAGCCUACCUUUCCACAGAGAACGCUAGUAUGAAGUUAGGAAGCGAGGCUAUCUCUACCAACUACUCCGUUAUUGUCAAUUCACCAGUAAUCACUGCUGCCAUUAACAAGGAGAGCAACAAAGUCUACUUGUCAGACCCCGUGAUCUUCACUGUCAAGCACCUGCAGCAAUCUGAAGAAAAUUUCAACCCAAAUUGUUCUUUCUGGAGUUACUCUAAACGUACAAUGACAGGAUACUGGUCAACCCAAGACUGUCGGCUACUGGGCACCAACAGGACUCACACAACUUGCUCCUGUACUCAUCUUACGAAUUUUGCUGUACUAAUGGCACACGUGGAAGUAAAGAAUACUGAUCCUGUACAUGACAUGCUCCUGGAUGUUAUCACCUGGGUGGGAAUCCUUCUCUCUCUGGUCUGCCUGCUGAUUUGCAUCUUUACUUUCUGCUUCUUCCGGGGGCUUCAGAGUGACCGGAACACCAUCCACAAGAACCUUUGCAUCAGCCUCUUUGUUGCAGAGUUACUCUUCCUCAUUGGGAUAAAUCGUGCUGAUCAGCCGGGUAUCAGUAAAUUUAAAAGGCAAAGAUGUUGGCUCAGACUUGACACCUACUUCAUCUGGAGCUUCAUAGGUCCGGCAACCUUGAUAAUUAUGCUCAAUGUAAUCUUCCUUGGAAUUGCACUCUACAAAAUGUUCCAUCACACAGCAAUCCUCAAACCAGAUUCAGGCUGCCUGGACAACAUAAAAUCAUGGGUUAUAGGUGCUAUUGCACUUCUCUGUCUGCUUGGAUUGACCUGGGCUUUUGGACUGAUGUACAUCAAUGAAAGCACAGUCAUUAUGGCCUACCUUUUUACAAUAUUCAACUCCCUUCAAGGAAUGUUCAUUUUCAUUUUCCACUGUGUCCUUCAAAAGAAGGUUCGUAAAGAGUAUGGCAAGUGUCUUCGCACUCAUUGCUGCAGUGGGAAGAGUGUGGAGACCUCUAUUGGCUCAGGGAAAAGCUCUGCUUCUCGGACACCUGGAAGAUAUUCUACAGGCUCACAGAGCCGAAUCCGCAGGAUGUGGAAUGAUACCGUCAGAAAGCAGUCUGAGUCUUCCUUUAUUACAGGCGACAUAAACAGCUCAGCAUCACUGAACAGAGAAGGGCAUUUUCCAUACCCAAGCAUACCAGAAGGAGCCAUGGCUAACCAUCUUAUAACUAAUGCUCUUCUCCGUCCUCAUGGCACUAACAAUCCUUAUAACACAUUGCUUGGGGAAUCGGCGGUCUAUAACAACCCUUCUGUGAGCAUGUACAACACACAAGAGCCCUACAGAGAGACAAAGGGAAUUCUGAACAAUGCCAGGGAUACAAGUGUCAUGGAUACUCUACCACUGAAUGGUAACCACGGCAACAGCUAUAGCAUUGCCAGUGGUGAAUACAUGAGUGACUGUGUUCAAAUCAUAGACCGUGGCUACAACCACAAUGAGACAGCACUAGAAAAAAAGAUUCUCAAGGAACUCACAUCCAACUAUAUCCCUUCCUACCUGAACAACCAUGAGCGUUCCAAUGAACAGAACAGAAACCUUAUGAACAAGCUGGUGAACAAUGUCAGCAACAGCAACAAAGAUGAUGCCAUUGUUUUGGAUGAUGCAUCUUCUUUCAACCAUGAAGAGAGCUUGGGCCUGGAGCUCAUCCGAGAAGAGUCCAAUGCUCCUUUACUUCCACAAAGGGCUCAAUCCACUGAAAACCACCAACCCCACCACUUUACCAGGAGACGAAUUCCACAGGAAAACAGUGAGAGUUUUUUCCCUUUGCUAACCAACGAGCAUACUGAAGAAACACAGUCACCUCACAGAGAUUCCCUUUACACCAGCAUGCCUGUGCUUACCGGCAUGCCUGUCACAGAAGCCAAUGGCACUAAGACCCAGAGCGAGCCUCCAACAAGUAAAAGUAGUGACGUGGAUGACGUUUAUUAUAAAAGUAUGCCGAACCUGGGCUCACGAAACCAUGUCCAUCAACUACAUACUUACUACCAGCUGGGCCGGGGCAGCAGUGAUGGAUUUAUAGUUCCUCCCAAUAAAGAAGAUGCAUCUCCUGACGAAGCAAAUCAGGAACCUUCCCACUUGGUCACUAGCCUAUAGAUGACAGUUAUUUCCCAUGGUUUCUUGUUCUGAUCAACUGUAAGCAGUGGUAAACAUUUUUCUCUGUGUUCUUAAAAUGUUGAUGCCAUUCGAGAACUGAAAAGGAUAACAGACUUAUAGGAUGGCUGAGGACAUUCCUGCAUAUCUCAGUUAAGAAGAAAAAAGUUCCUUGAAUGGAUUCGUGGUGUUCAAGGGGUUAACCAUCAUUCUUAGGAUCUCAUCUGUAAUGCUUACUAGCAUUUUGACAUCCCAAUGGAAUUACAAACAAGGCCCAAAACUGUCUGCCAUUAGUUAAGUGUUUAAAACAAAAACUAUUUUAGUAUACUUCUGUAUCCAUACUGGCUUUUUUUAAAUUUCUUCCUAUCUGGUGAAUUACAGCGCAUUUUGCUGUGAAGAUCCUGUGAGUUAGAAACAACAAUGUUUUUGAACAAAACCAUGAGGGGACUCUUUAACAUAAUACAGUAUGCUAGAGAGAGAGCAUAUUUUAUGUUUUUGCUGUAAUAAUUCCAGUUAUUAAGAAAAAAGAAAAAAAAACUAAUGACAAAGAAUUCUAAGAAAUUUAUAUGUAAAUGUACAGAUACUAGCAUUGCACAUAAUAGUAUGCUUUUUCUGUUCCUCCAAAUCCUUUGUCUCUGUAAAUGUAGUGAUUAUAGCAUUUUCUUUCUGUUGUGCUGGUCUUGCGGGUUUAUUCUACCAGUAGGAGCGAAAAUGUUUUAUUCUUUCGUUCUCAUUUUUCCUAUAAACUGCAUAUUCACUGAGCAAAACACUUAAUGAAGAUCAUUUUCUAGCAAUCACUUUGGUUUUCAGAACCAUUUUUAGUUUAAUUUUCUUAACUGUCUCGAAUUUUUUAAUCAAAUUAUGUUCACCCACAGUGGAAGUAAUGGCAAACCAUUUCGAAAAUUAAGCUGAAAGCUAUCUUAAAAAGUACUAUAGAAUUAAUUGAGCAGCAAUCAGUUUUUCAAUGGGCUUGUACUCCAUGACAUUAAGAGGUCUUCGUUUAAAAAGGCAGGGCCUGUGCAUGUCAGGAAGAAAACAGACAUUCUACUGAUAAGCAUUAGGCACUUGUACAAAGAUGGAAAUGUUUUACUUAUUAAAAAUGAGCUUUCUGGAGAGAGUAAACUGAAACCGUCUGAUCUUUUGUUUUUUUUUUUUCCUAACAGGAAAGUUAUUUAUUUAUUUGAUAAAACAUAUAUAUAUAAAAUUUAAAAAAUAACGUUGAAUUUCAGGUGGUAACAGAUUUAGCAGCACAGGUUAUAGAUUUUUUAUUAUGAUUAUGGCUAUUAUUUAUUCAUUUUGUAUGGUUUCUGAGUUGAAUGACCUCAUAACUAAUAUUUGUUGUAAAAGUGAAACUUGUUUGCCAGCAAAUAAAUGACUGAUUAAGAUUUACAACAUA